GUGAGGAGCAGUCAAUUCAGUCUUGAAUCGGCUUUUGUGUGUGAGGAAGCGACAGUGGUGGAUUCUGUCACGCACAAAUGCAUUCGAGUGUAUAGUGUUUACUGAACCGUGAAAAGUGUAUCCCCUGUGUGGGUGUGGCUUGGAAACAACACCCAACACCCACAACCACACACCACUCACCACACCCACCGUCUGCCGUGUGUAUGGUGCGCGGGGUGAUGAUGAAGCUUGUGACGGGCUGAGCAGGCUAGACCACUUUUCAAGCCUCCCCUGCAGACCAUCCUCAGUCCACGCCAGUCCAGCAUGAAGUGGCGUAAGACCCAGCCCUUCGACCCUCCAGUUCAUCAGCAGCGUGAGGGACCUGGCCAGGACAGCUGCACCAUGAGGGGGGAUGAGCUGCCCCUUGUGUCCUCUCCCCCGCCUCGCCUCUCCUCCUCCGCCUCUUCCUCGCUCUCCUCCACGCACCUCUCCGCCCUCGAGGACUCCUCCACCUCCACCUCGGUCUCCAGGAAGGACCCGCCGAGGACUGUCUCCCUCACGGCGCUGUCCUUCGUCCCCCCUACCACCCCGGGUCCUGGCGAGGUGACUCCUGGCAGCCAUGGCGAUACAGUGGCCUCAGGGACUCCCCCGGCGUCCACCACCAGAGUCAGCAUCCCUAGUGAACCCCCGACGCCUCGUAGAAGUGAGUCGGGAACCCCCAGGCCCGCUUCCGCCACCAUGGUUCAGGUUCCGUCAAGUCCCACCAGACAGGUCCCCGUCAGGCCGGUCUCCGCGGCAGCCAUCACCGCCAACCACCACUCAGUGUCCGCCCCGCAGUCAGCCGUGUCUAGUCCUCGGAAGGCGUCAGCGGGACAGCAAAGAACCACUGUCAGCACGGACAAGAUUCCCGUCAGCCUUGUCAGAGUGCCCUCCUCCAGCCCUCAGAGAACACGACUCAGCACGCAGGAGCCAGUCAGCUACCAGUCAGCGCCAGCCAGCCCCGCCAAGAUCUCCGUGACCUCAGGCAAGGGCAACCACCUCCCCCAGGAAGCACCAGGUGACGGCGGCGACAAAGGCGUGGUGGUGGUGGUCAACGGCGGCGUCACUGCCAAUGGUCAGAGCAGGUCGCCAGGCCACCACAGGAUCAGCACCACAAUACCUGUGGGCGAGUGCAGCAGCAGCACCAGCAGCAGUUGUGGCGACCCUGUGGCGGGAACGCCCCAGCAGGCGGCCCAAGUCAAGGCCAGCCCUGCCAAGAAGGCCGCGCCCCGUAGCCCUGGCGUGACGGGUGAGGGCAAGCGGGCCACCCACGAGAAGAACAAAUCCGUCACCAUCGUGGUGAACGACCAGCAGGUCGCUUACACCUCGAGCAACGGCGUGGCUAACGGCGGCGUGCAUCCCGACGGGACGGGGCAGGGAGACCCGGCGCGGCCCUCCUCGGCGGCGUCCAUGCAGCCCGGCAGCAAGGCGGAUCCGGACAUGCAGGUGCGGCCGCUAGUAGGGUGGUGGGGCGGCGAGAGCGGCAGCGCUGGCUCCGUUCUGGAAGACACCGCCUCCUCUGACGACUGCCACCGCUCCACCCUCACGCUGGUCCACUCCCCGGCCCGCACCUACCUGAGCGGCGAGGCUGGUGACGCUGUGGUGGGCGAGGACAGCGGCGAGGCGUGGAGUGGCGGGGUGACGAGCCUCUGCGGGGUGGCUCUCCUGCUGGGCGCCGCCGUCUGGUUACGCCUCCCCGGCCUUCUCUAUGAGUUUGGCGCAGGAAGCUUUCUGGCGGCGUGGUGUGGGGCGGUGGUGGUGGUGGCGGCGCCUUUAGCUCUCCUGGAGGCAAGCCUGGCGCAGUUCAGCAGCUCGGCAGCCAUCGCACUGUGGCGCCUCAUCCCCAUCGCUAGAGGAGUGGGCUGGUCUACUAUAGUGGUGUGUGUGUACUGGGCGGCGGUGGUGCUGGGUCUUGUAGCGCCCCUACUCCACUACCUCCUCCUUGCCCUCAACCCAGCACUCCUAGUGGGCACAGUUCAUGAGUGCUGCAGUGCCUCACCAAACAACACCAGCACUGGGGACUGGGUGCUGCACUACCACAGGUUAUGUGUGUACCAGCUCCCAGAUGAGUGGCAAUCUGGCCUACAUUUGACCUUCUCAUGGCCCCUCCCAGCCUGCAUGGCAGCGGCUGCCCUCAUUGCCACUAUCAUGGGUGUGUGUGGGGGACGAACACUUGCUGGGCUCAUGGCUGGUGCCUCAACUCUCGCCCUCACAGGAUUGACUCUCCAGGCCACACUGGCGGUGGUGGAGACGCUGCGUCGAGAUGAGGUCGCUCUGUGGGAGAUGGCACGGCCCUUCCUCACCCCUCACCCACACACGCUCCUCCAGCCCAGGGUGUGGUGUGCAGCAGUGGCUCAAGUGCUGCUAUCCCUGGGCCUUGGUGUGGGGCUUCUCAUGAGCUUCUCCUCCCGGGCCUCCUUCAGAUUCUCCCUCAGAAGGCACUUGUUUGGCCUGGUGGUGCUAGUGGCAGUGGUGACGGCAGUGGUGUCCAUGGUGAGUGUGUUGCAGCUCACCAUACUGGCCAGGGACCGUGGGGUGACGCUGGACCGUGCUCUCGACCACCACAGGGAGAAGGUGAAUGAGACAGGAGUUGUGGGUGUGGAGCUUGGCAGCACUGGCCAGGGUGUGGCGGGUGUUGGUAUGGGUGUAAGUGCUGCUGUCGUCACCACCACACACCUCAUCAGCCUGGUGAACUUCUCCUUCCCCUGGCUCAAGCAGCUGGUUGCCACCCUUAUUUAUAUUGGUCUGUGGUGCAGUGGAGUGACUACUGUGGCGGCCUGUGUGCACACCCUCAUCACCUCACUGCGGGAUGCCUGGGACUGCUUGCCUCGCCUAGUGGCAGCCCUGCUGGUGGCUCCCAUACUGGUGGGAUCAGCUGUUCUCACCACUACAGCAGGUGGUGCAGCAGUGAUUGAUCUGAUGGAUAGAGACGUGCUGUUCCUGAUGGUUCUUUGUCCACCCUUCACACUCACCUUGGCUGUCACUGCAAUAUAUGGGAUCCACAAGUUGAGGAAAGACUUCACCUUCAUGCUGGAGUCUGCCGUGAGCUGGCUGUGGGCACCUGUUUGGGGCGUUGUACUUCCCUUGACCCUUGUGGGUGUGGUGGUGUGGCUGAAUGUGAUGGAAGGUAAGGCCAUGGUGGUGGCAGAUGGUCCAGUGUGGAGGAUAGCAGCAGUGUGGGGUCUCAGACUACUGGCAGUGCUGCCCAUCCCCAUCACUGCCAUCUAUGUGGUCAAGUCUCAGCUGGCAUAUGGUGUUGUGGAUAAAGUAGCGUCAUCACUGCAGUCAUCCCGAGAGUGGGGAGACUGGGGCCCCCAAGACCCCAUUGAACACCACAACUGGCGACGGUGGAGGGAAGAUGAGACUCGGCCCAUCACCACCCUGAAGCGUCGCCUGGCCAGCCGCCCGCUCACCUACACCCACUCCACCCUGAGCAGUGAGUCUUCCUCCACCCUCACCAGGCUCAGGAACAAAUACCAGAGGAAUGGUGCUGCUAGUGUUCUCUGAAACAAGUACUAUUGCCCCACCACACCUUGGGGCAACACUCAAGAGCCAGUCAAGCAAACCCACCUGUCCGUGCUGACAGGUCACCAUCUCUCUUGAGGAGUGCAUAGGCAACACCUGGUGUCCCUAAAAGGAGUUGUUUUCAUGAUACUGCUGCACCACCACUCUGAGGAAAAUCUUGCCAUUUACUGUAAAGCCUUAGGAAGAAAAUGUUUGAAUCUCCCACAGACAAGCUAAAAAGUAACUCUGCACCAUAUGACCUAAAGGUAGAUGGACUUGUCUUGCAGGAGAUAGUGUGUGUGUGUGUGUGUGUGUGUAUGUGUUUGAAUGAAUGAUUGUGAUGAACAUUCCAUUGUCUAGAGCAGUAUUUAAUUGAGAAACUCAGUAUUAGAUUACUUUAGCUGUAUUCAAGAUGUUCUUGACUUUGUUAAGAAGAAACUUGAAGGCAUUGAUAGUAACACAGUUAUUGGUAUAUUCACAGAGCUUACUCAUUAUGAGCUGUUUUCUCUUGGGAACAAUGAAAUACUCUUUCCUAUACACAUGCAAAGGUUUGUUUUGUGAAUUUUGAGCAGGCCUUGUCAAGCACUGGAGUUGUGGAGGUGUUCUUUCCUCUGCAUUAGCAAAACACAUCACAUUACGCUUCUCUCAUCGCCAAAAUUCUGCAUUUUUAAACCAUGCAGAAUAUGUUGCAUAUGAUAUAAUAUAUUCAUAUAUAUUUUUAGGUUAAUCUUACUAACUUGCAAAUUGUUCAUUAUUUAUUUUGUCAUAUUAGGAUUAAUUGAAUGUUCCAGCUACUUAAUCCAGUAGGAACACUUUCCAGUGGCAUAAACUACUACAGUAGAGUCUGUGUCUUAUGUAUAAGUGCUGGAAUAACUUGAGGUUAGACCAAGCUAGUCUGCUCUAGAAAUAGAUGAUCCACUUACUGGAUGUACAGUUCAUAACCAAAAUUUUAGACAGUAGUGAGGGCUGAGUUGUGUACAUACUGUUUAGCCAGAGUGUAAGGCAGGUGCUGUUAGAUCACAAACUGGUAAGACCAGGCAGUAUCUCAGGACAGAAGACUUUACCCUGCCAGCAAGAUUGAUAGAACAAUCUUGUGGUGUAGGCAAACCCCAUAGGGAGCCAAGUAGGUUAGUCAGGAAAGAAUUACUGGAUGUCUUUCCGAGAUCAUUGUUGCCUUGGUGUGUAGCUGGUCUAUAUCUGAGGUAAUAUAGAAUCCAAGUGGAUGACUCAUAACAUUGCUCCAUAGAAAGAUGUAGAACCUGUUUAUAUUGACUUGUGAAUAUAUGUACAUUGAGAUGUGUAUUUAUUACUGAUGUGUAUAUAGCAAAUUGUGUCUGCAAAUGUCCUCUCAGUUGUUAUAUGAGGGACUGGGAACAUAUUUUUUGUGUCUGAAUGCUAUGCCUGUCUGUGUGUCUUCCAGGCUGUUCAGAAGAGUGAAGUUCAGGAAAGAGCUGUUGGUUGAGAGAGGAGUGGUAAUGCUUGUAUUUACCUCCUCUGUGUUAAGAAGUUAGCCUUUGCACUUGGUUGUGGUUGGCAUGUUGUGGUCUAGUCAGCUCUUAGACUUAUCAUAUACAUGGAGAAAUAAGAAAUAUUUGAAUCUUGCUAGUUUAAUGAGAAAAGUUUGAAUGUCUUAUUGCUCACUUGGGAGAUGAAGCAGUAUUUAGAACAUGCAAGAACUAGGGAGAAACAUUUGAAUCUUGCAAGUUUUUGUAGGAUAAUGUUUGGAUGUCUUGCAUUUCUUCGUAUGAGACACAACAGUAUUUGGAACAUGCAAGUAUUCAGAGCACCUUUCUCUCCUGCACCAAAGUAGGCUUUGUAACACAAGUACACAGAAAUUUUCUCUCCAGUAGAAGUAUUGGGAUGAAUCCCUUGAGUAGUAAAGAGAAAAAUUGUUGCAUAAGAUUGUUAAUGUCAAAGUUACUGUAGACAAUAACACUAUCAACUUGUAUGCUGAAACUAGUCAAGAGAAGCAUGUACUACCAUUUACCAUGACCUUCAUUAUUCAUGUAUACUGCCAUCUGCCUGAGCAAAAUGCCAAAUACUGUAUAACUAUUCUAGUAAAGAGCAAAGGAAUAAUGAUGGAAAAUGUAUGAAGUGUAGCAAGCCUUAGUGAAAAGCAACAAGUGAAGCAAAGUAAGACAGACCUGUUGAGCGUCAAUCUCCUGUGUACGGAUUGUUGAAUGUCUUAAGAAGAUGUUUUAUUUUGUCGAAGUUCAAAGUGAUAUACUAUAAUGACAUUGACUUUGUUCAGUGUCACAGAUUCCACAACUAUGUGACAGUGAAAAUCAUUAUUAUGAACUCAUUUCUCACUUAUCAUAUUUGAAUUGAAAACUACAUGUUCCUAUUAACAUUUCAUGAGUGAUUUGGAUUUGAGAAGGCUGAGGCAUGUGUUGCAGAAGAAGUUUGGGAAUCUACACCAUUAGGAUCAGGCUGUGAGGGGCCUGAGUGUGUUACAUUUGGUGCACUGAAAACAACGAAUCUGUUUAUGAAGCUCAAAUGUCAAGUUCACAUUUAUUCUACUUAACUGGCUUACAUAUCUAGUUAUCAUGCCUUGUACAGUUGUCUACAUGCUGUGCUGUAAUUCAGAGGCUUGUGUGUUCUCUGCAUGGUGAAGAAAAUUUGUGAAUGUGUUCUACAAUUUAUUUUAUAGUUUUCAUAUGAAUUUCGAAUAAAUUUCUUCACUUUUGCUAAAAUAUGAAAUGCCUGUGAUAGUUUCUUUCCAGUGAUAUUAAUACUUAAUGCCUUGCCAGAGUUAGGAAUAAUUAAAGACUGCUGACAGGAUCUCUUGUGAGUGAGUUGUUGCCAGUAGUCUCUGCAUCUGUUGUGUGGCUGCUGAGGGCUGGUAAAGAUCGGAGACUUGCUGUGUUAGUGAAAUGCAUCUGUCAUCAGAAAUGUAACUUGUUGACUGCAAUUGGUAUAAACAAAUAUUGAUAUUUGCAAGUGCCAAAAGCAAAACACUGCAUUGAACUGUCACCUAGAAAAGCUUUGAAUUGAACACAUGUACUUAAAAAAUCAUAAAUUUAAUUCAUAAUUUAAAGUAUGUUUAGUCAGGGACAAAAUGGGCAUCAAUUAAUCAGAAACUCAAGAAAUGCCAGUAUGUCUAAGAUUACUGUUCUUUCCUAGCAUAACAAUGUGUGCUUGCUCAAGGACAAGAUAUGAAGGAGGUACUUGUGACACCUCAAGAUUGAAUUACUGACAUUAUUGGAUCAAACCUUCAUUUUGUGACUAAGUGGUAAUCCAUUGAAGAGCUACCAGUGUGCAGCAUCAGCAGCAUUCUACCAAGCAUGCACUUAGUAUGUGUGUGUGUGUAUGUGUGUGUACAUGCUGCUGCUGUUGUUACAUGUGAAAAAAGUUGCCACUAAAAUUAUACUAUGUACUACAUUGCACCUAAGUCUGCUACUUAAAGUGCAUUUCUGAUCACUGGGAAGCUACUGUACAUGGUAUAAGAGAAUUAUUUUGUAAGAGGAACAACUAAGCCAUUAUACUGGAAAGUUUA